GGGAGCAGAGGGAGCAGCAGCCCGAUGAGAGCUGGCAGCGGGGACCUUCUGCUCGGGGGACAUCGGGGACAAAGGCUCCCGCAUCUCUUCUGCCGCAGCCCCCGGACCGCCGCGGAGCACCAUGAUGUGGCUGUUCCUCACCAUCUCUUGUUCAAUGUUCAUCGCUGCAAACUCAGAAGAAAACCCCGAGGUGUCCAUGGAUGUUGGCGAAAUCGUCCGCUACCACGGGUACCCCUAUGAGGAGCACGAGGUGCUGACAGAUGAUGGCUAUUACCUCACCCUGCAGAGGAUUCCCCACGCCAGAGACAACCAGGAGAGCUUCAGCAUCUCCCACAAGGCAGGAGCGCAGGCAUCCAACAUGUUCUGUCCCCCUCCAAAGGCCGUGGUCCUCCUGCAGCACGGCUUGGUGUUGGAGGGCAGCAACUGGGUCACCAACUUGCCCAACGCCAGCCUGGGCUUCAUCCUCGCCGACGCUGGCUACGACGUCUGGAUCGGGAACAGCCGCGGGAACAGCUGGUCGCGGAAACACGAAGAGUUUGAAUUCUACCAGCAGGAAUACUCAGCCUACAGCUUCCAUGAGAUGGCCAUGUAUGACCUUCCAGCCACCAUCAACUACAUCCUGCAGAAAACAGGGCAGGAGCAGUUGUACUACGUGGCUUAUUCCCAAGGCACCACCACAGGUUUCAUUGCCUUCUCAUCCAUUCCCGAACUGGAUCGUAAAAUCAAGAUGUUCUUUGCCUUGGCUCCCAUCACCGUGAACUCAAACAUGAAGUCACCCUUGGUGAGGGUGUUUGACCUUCCCGAGGCGCUGAUUAAGCUCAUUUUAGGGCACACGGUGGUCUUUGAUAAGGAUGAGGUGUUGAAGCAAGUGAUUUCCAGAAUGUGCACCUACCCCAUGCUGAAAACACUGUGCUCUUUUGUCUUUUACCUGCCCGGUGGGUUUACCAACAGCUUGAACGAGAGCCGCGUUGAUGUCUACCUGGCCCGCUACCCUGAUUCCACAUCCCUAAAAAACAUGUUGCACUGGCGCCAGCUCUAUCAGACAGGGGAAUUCAAGCGUUAUGAUUAUGGCAGUGACAACGUGCUUCAUUACAACCAGACCACUCCUCCCUUCUAUGAGCUGGAGAACAUGAAAACCCCGCUGGCUGCCUGGUAUGGGGGCCAGGACUGGAUUUCAGUCCCUGAAGAUGUGAACAUCACCUUGCCCCGUAUCUCCAACGUGGCCUACAAAAAGUACAUCCCCGAAUUCGUCCACUUUGAUUUCCUCUGGGGCAAGCAGGUCUACGAGCAGGUGUACAAAGAAAUGCUUGACCUGAUGGAGAAGGGCACCUAGAGCUGGAGCAGUGGCAGUGGUUGUUGGCUUCUCAGUGCCUUCUGGGGCUUCUUUCAUUUGGGGGUGCGGAAAAAAAAAAAAAAAAUGAAGAAAAACUGUGGGG